CAAACAGCUGUAAGGUGGGUUUUGUGAAUCAAGUUGGCAGCACUAACAUCGUAAAUUGAACAAACUGCAAAACAUAAACAAUAAAAUGCAAGAAUUUAGUGCAAAGCGUGAUGCACUUUUUGCCUGCCUAGAUGAUGCAAGUAAGGAACUGAAGGGCACAGCUCUCGACCAGAGUCGAGCCAAGCCAUACACUAUAAAAGGCAGUAAACAGGUGAUGCACUAUCGCCAGGGACGCAGCAUUGAACAGGGCAACGACGGCGGCGAUGAUGAUGAGAAUCUGCGUCGCCUCGUCGGCAAGGAGAGCAUUUUCAAGAAGCCCGAGAUGCCGCUGGCACGUUGCUUGAAGCCGCGCAAGACACCCGACUACCAGGUGAAUCCGCACAAGUGGAAGAAAUACUCGCUCUCUGAUGUGGACAUCUCGGAUCAAACGAACUCGGCAGCAGCUUUAUCCUUUCUGCGGGAAAUGGAUGCACAGCGUGAUCGUGAGGCGGUGGAGGAGGAUGACGGAGACAACGAGGCGGGAAAGGGUCACAAAAUUGAGUUCAAGAAGAAGAGCAAGUUGAAUCGCAAUCUCAAACAGUUGAGAGACACUGAAGUGGAAGAUGUGGAGAUGGACAAGCCACAACUGCGCGGCUCCAAGGUGCUGAUGCCCGAGUAUGUGAUUGGACAGAAGACGAGCAAAAAGUCCAAGAAACCACAGAGCAGCAGUCAAAAUCGCGCAGCGGGCAAAUUGCAAUUAUCGCAUCUAGAAGAGAUUGAUGAAGAUGAUGAGUAAACAACAGCUUAGUUAUCAGCUAAUUUAAGUCACUAAUCGUAGUUCAUAUUUUAAAAAAGUUUAUUGUACAAAGCAUAGUUUGUAUGUAUAAAAUAUAUAUGUAUAAUCAUAAUACGUGAGUAUUUCACAUUGGCAGACGCGGGACUUGAACAAUCACAUAUACAAUAUAAAAUACAGAAAUGGAAAAUAUAUACGAAGAUCAAGAGUUGAAUUAGAAUUCAAUUAUUGAAUUAAGGGUAGCUAAAUAUUUGUAUUGUAAAAGCAAAUUUAAUUUGCUUAGAGCACACAAAAUUUGCAUUAAUAAUCUCUGAGAUAUUGCUGUUUAAACAAAAGAGGCGGGGAGAAAAUAUUUACUUUAAGAUAUUGCAAAUGUUUUUCUUCCCACGCUUGGGAUUUGAGCAAUAGAACAAUCACAUAUAUAUGUAUAUAGAAAAUAAAAAUAGAAAUAUGUAGAUCAAAGAAGAAA